AACCAUUUGAAUUCAUUUGAUUCCACAUUAAUUUAUCAAAUCUUACAUAAAAAAAAAACGACGUAAGAGAUGAAGAAUCAUCACUUUAUUCUUACAUACUUUAUUCUCAUCAUUCUUCAUCUCCUUCUCCCAGUAUUUUGCGCUCAGCCUCAGGUUUAUAUUGUCUACAUUGGAGAGCACCUCGGGGAAAAGACUUAUCACGAAAUUGAAGAUGCUCAUCACUCCUAUCUACUAUCUAUAAAGAGUUCCAAACAGGAAGCUAAAGCUUCUCUGGUUUAUAGUUACAAGAAGGUCAUCAAUGGCUUCUCUGCAUGGCUCACCCCAGAUCAAGCUGCCAAGUUAGCUGAGAGGGAGGAAGUGAUUUCGGUUUUCAAAAGCGAGCCCAAAAGAUACAGUCUUCAAACAACAAGAUCAUGGGAUUUUGUGAACUUGCUUGAACAACAAGGACAACAUGAUUUCACCAACACAAACAAUCAACAACUAUUGGACAAAGCCAACUAUGGAGAAGAUGUCAUUGUUGGAGUCUUGGAUAGUGGGGUAUGGCCAGAGUCACGGAGUUUUAGUGAUGAAGGGAUGGAACCAAUUCCCAAUUCAUGGAAAGGAAUCUGCCAAAAUGGGGUUGCUUUCCAACCAUCUCAUUGUAAUAGGAAAUUAAUUGGAGCUCGAUACUACCUAAAGGGAUAUGAGGCAUUCUAUGGACGACUCAAUGACACAGAGGAUUAUCGGUCACCCCGUGACAAAGAUGGCCAUGGAACUCACACAGCCUCUACUAUCGGAGGCCGAACAGUUGCUAAUGUUUCAGUCCUCGGUGGUUUGGCCAGUGGCACAGCCACUGGCGGUGCCCCACUAGUGCGUCUAGCCAUCUACAAAGUAUGUUGGGCAAUUCCGAACCAUCCUAAACCAGAGGGAAACACAUGCUUCGAUGAAGACAUGCUGGCCGCAUUUGAUGAUGCCAUUGCUGAUGGGGUUCAUGUGCUAAGCAUUUCCAUCGCAUCAAAUAGUGUUAGACCCUAUGAACAAGAUGCGAUUGCAAUCGGUGCAUUACAUGCGGUGAAGGCAAACAUUGUAGUGGCAUGCAGUGCUGGUAAUGAAGGCCCUAGUCUGUCAACUGUGAAAAAUGUGGCACCCUGGAUCAUCACUGUUGGUGCAAGUAGCAUAGACCGAGUGUUCAAUUCACCAGUUCUGCUAGGAAAUGGCAUGAAAAUUGAGGGACAAACAGUGACACCCUUCAAGCUGAACAAAAUGUAUCAAUUAGUUUAUGCUGGGGAUGUUGAAGUCCCUGGAACAACCACUAAUAGUACGACUGGACAAUGCCUUGAUGGUACUCUCUCACCGGAGCUUGUGAAAGGAAAAAUUGUUUUGUGCCUAAGUGGGUAUUCAUAUAAUGUUAAGAAAGGUUUAGAGGUCAAAAGAGUCCAAGGAAUUGGAUUCAUUCUACAGAACCCAGAGAAUGGCAUUGGAAUAUUAGUUGAUGCUCAUGUACUUCCAGGAACAACAGUAUUUUCCAAUGAUUCAACCACAAUUCUCAACUACAUACGAACUUCCAAGAAUCCAAUGGCAACAUUGGUCCCACCGGAAACUGUUUUGAAUAGUAAACCAGCGCCUUUCAUGGCAUCCUUCUCUUCAAUGGGUCCAAAUGGCCUUGAACCCAAUAUUCUCAAGCCAGACAUUACUGCUCCAGGACUGAAUAUCUUAGCAGCAUGGAGUGAGGCAUCCUCCCCCACAAAGUUGCCUGAUGAUCAUCGAGUUGUCAAAUAUAACAUCGAGUCCGGAACUUCCAUGUCGUGCCCUCAUGUGGCUGCUAUAGCUGCACUCAUCAAAGCCAUACACCCUGAUUGGAGCAGUGCUAUGAUACGAUCUGCCCUCAUAACAACUGCCGGGCUAAAUAAUAACAUGGGUCAACCAAUUACAGAUGCUAAUGGAAGUCCUGCAACCCCUUUCCAUUAUGGUGCUGGCCACUUCCAACCUUUAAAAGCAGAAGACCCUGGUCUCGUUUAUGAUACCACUUACACUGACUGUUUUCUCUUCCUUCCCAACAAUAGUACCAAUAAAUUUGUUCCAUCACCAAGUAACCUUAACUACCCAUCUCUUGCUAUUGCAAAACUUGAAGGCAUCAUGACAGUGAAUAGGACUGUUACAAAUGUUGGUAGCAACAGAAGUUCGUACAAUUCAACAAUCAUACCCCCUGUUGGAUAUUCUGUUGAGAUCUCUCCAACAACGUUGGACUUUAGUUAUUUUGGGGAGAAGAAGAGCUUCAGCAUAACAGUGAAAUCAGAAAUUGGGAGCAGGAGGGAUGAGUAUUCAUUUGGUUGGUACAUGUGGGGUGAUGGGAUUCACAUGGUAAGAAGUCCCAUUGCAGUGUCUUCUGCAUAGCCAAGAUUUCAAGAACAUGAAAUAUAAAUGAAACCCUUCACAAUUUUUUCUUUUUAGGGUCUGUUUUGUUUUGUUUUUUGUUUUUUGUUUUUUUUUUUUGGCUUUUUGUGCUAAGCUUUAGAGUGAAUGUGGUUCCUCACAGCACUUCUGUCUCCACAUACAACAGUGUAAGUUGUUGAAUAUUAAUGUACAUAAAACAAAAUGUCUAAAGUAUCUUUUUGGUUCAA